AUUGAAUUUUGGUGAUUUUGUUGAUAAUCAUUUUAGUACCCUUAGUACCGGUUCAUUUGUUUCACGUUGAGCUUUAUUAGCAAAUCCAGUCAGUAUUUUUCUGCUGGUUUUAAGUGAAUAUUAUUGUAGAAUCUCUCUUUAACUCUAUUGUGAUCUAAUUAAUAAGAAAAUGGGUUCUAUUGAUAAGAAUUUCAAACCAUUCGACGCCGUGUUUGAUGAUCUUCAAGCAGCUUUUGGGAAGAUGCAAAAUCACGUGGAAUCCCACAAUAAUUUGAUCUUGUACUGGAAGAAUGUGUCCCAAUCUAAGCAAGUGGCCUUACAAAAUUUGCCCUGCUGCGAGGAAAUUCUCAAAGAUCUUUCUACAAUUCUCGAAGCUGUGAACAUUUUCAACACAGUCGCUGCUUCUCUUGUGAAAUUCACAAGCCUUACGAGUCCAAAGAAAGAAAUCUCUCGGGUUUCUUCUCCGCAUGAAACCAAAGCUAUUUGUGCAAAAUCUGCUGAUGGUGCACGAGCAACUCCCACAGAAGACUGCCAAAAGAUACUCUUCAACUAUUCAAAAAUUCGUCUUGCUGAGGGAGAUUCGGGAAAAUGCAUUAUAUCCUCGAUUGUGGACAAUGCCCAGGGAUUGACUUAUAUAACAGUGUCAUCUGAUGAGAAUGCUAAGCUCUUUUUCCAUUUGGCGGACGAUUGUCUGGCCAAUGGAACAUAUCAAUGGAUUCCUCCCUCAAACACGAUCUUUGGGUACCAAAAGAAGGAAGACAAUCAAUUUUACAGGGCCAUUUGCGUCAACAACAGUCGUAAGUUUUCCGGGAAUAAUAUUGACAUUUUUCUGGUGGAUUUUGGUCUGUACUCUACAAUGGACACCACCGAUCCUUUUUACAUUCUCUCGGGAGACUUUAAGAAUUUGCCAGGUCAGGCUAGACUGGCUAAAAUUCUUAAAAUUAAUAGAGAAGCUUUCGAUGAAAGCAAUCAGGAUAUUACAAAGCAAGUGAGAUGGGACUUUCAGGUGGUUGGAGUUACAGAGAAUAUGAUUUAUAUCGAUUUGACGACAGAGACUGAAAGCGACGAUGAGGAAGUUUCUGAUGUCCUCAUGAAUAGUUUCAUUGAGCCACCGUCUGAUUUUGCCUCAGACGCCGAUGAUACUCAUUCGUCAAAUUCAAGGCCAAUUGGAGCUGUUGGCUAUCAGACAUCCACGAAGCUUGAGCCAUUGGCAAUUACUCCACCUCCACGGAGUUUCGUCAGUGAUAAAAGAAGCAACUACAAAAUUGACAGAAUUCGCGAGAGUGUCAAUGGAAUUGAUGAUGAUCUCGAUCAUGAUGACGAUGAGGAAGAGUAUGAAGGGACGUCCAAUGCCUUGAAGGCUGUUUUGGGUUAUGUUCCACGCGAUGAUCGAGACUACUGCAAGUUUUUCGAUCCCAAAACACUUGGUUGCUUCAAAGGACCCCAUUGCCGUAAGAUCCAUAUGCCGCUGGACAAGGAGGGAUGGACUCAAGAUACUGAGUAUGCUAAAAUCUCCAUUCCAAGUGCCCCAUUGCCUCAAGUUGGCACAGAAAUCAAGGGAUUUGUUUCCUGUGUGGUGAAUCCCGAGAUUUGCUACAUUCAACUGGAGAUGAAUGGCCUGGUGAAGCUCUUUCUCAUGAAUGAGCACAUUGACUAUCUGGCGAACAAGGAUGAAUUGCCACCACUCAAGAAGAAGCCUAGGAAGUUUGAUCUUGUGACAGCAAACUACUACGGUCACUGGCAUCGAGCCCAAAUUGUUGAUUUUCCCAUUGGCCAGAAAUACCGCGUCCGAUAUGUAGAUUAUGGCAAUACUGCAGAAGUCAGUAAGAAGGAUCUCAGGAAGUGGUGCUCGGACUUUGAUCAUUUGCCUUUCUUCGCCUACCGCGUAAGGAUUGCCAAUGUUUCCAUGAUCAAAGAGAAAAUUGUGGACGCAACCAAAUAUCUUCAGGCAACUCUCAUUGAAGCCAAUGUGAACAAUUUGAAGAACAUCAUGUUCAAAAUUAUCGAAGUUGACCCUGAGAUAAGAGUGACCAUCAUGUAUCCUGAUGGUUUUGACGUGGGAGAGAACAUGGUGGGACUAGAACUUGUGGAAUAUCGCAAAAUCUGAAAUUAAACCAAAAAACUGUUGAAAUUUUUAUGAAAA